AAAAAAAUGCGUGAAAUUGUACAUAUUCAGAUUGGCCAGUGUGGGAACCAGAUCGGAUCCAAGUUCUGGGAAGUGAUUGGGGAUGAACAUGGGAUUGAUGCCACUGGGAGCUACCAUGGAGACUCAGCUCUGCAGCUUGAGAGAAUCAAUGUUUACUACAAUGAAGCCUAUGCUAAAAAGUACGUGCCCCGAGCUGUCUUAGUGGAUCUGGAACCUGGUACCAUGGAUAGCAUCCGGUCUAGCCGAUUAGGAACCCUCUUUCAACCGGACAGUUUUGUUCAUGGUAAUUCAGGAGCUGGCAACAACUGGGCAAAGGGCCAUUACACGGAGGGAGCUGAAUUAAUCGAACACGUGAUGGACGUGGUCAGGAAUGAGAGCGAGAGCUGUGACUGCCUCCAGGGUUUCCAGAUAGUCCAUUCACUGGGGGGAGGGACUGGAUCCGGUAUGGGUACUCUCCUUAUGAAUAAGAUCAGAGAAGAAUAUCCAGACCGGAUUAUGAAUUCCUUUAGCAUAAUGCCUUCCCCUAAAGUGUCUGACACAGUCGUAGAGCCCUAUAAUGCUGUGCUUUCCAUCCACCAGCUCAUUGAGAACACCGAUGCAUGCUUCUGUAUCGAUAAUGAAGCCCUCUAUGAUAUAUGCUUCAGAACCUUAAAGUUGACAACUCCCACCUACGGUGAUCUCAACCACUUGGUGUCCUUGACAAUGAGUGGGAUCACCACCUCCCUCCGCUUUCCUGGUCAACUUAAUGCUGACCUGAGAAAAUUGGCGGUGAACAUGGUUCCUUUCCCCCGGCUCCACUUUUUUAUGCCUGGCUUUGCCCCACUGACAGCCCGUGGCAGUCAGCAGUACAGAGCUCUCUCAGUCUCUGAGCUCACCCAGCAGAUGUUUGAUGCCCGCAACAUGAUGGCUGCCUGUGACCCUCGCCAUGGCCGUUACUUAACCGUAGCCUGUAUUUUUCGAGGCAAGAUGUCCACCAAGGAAGUGGAUGAGCAGUUGCUCAUGGUACAGACCAGAAAUAGUGGUUAUUUUGUGGAGUGGAUUCCCAACAAUGUCAAAGUCGCUGUGUGUGACAUCCCACCACGCGGGCUGAACAUGGCCGCCACCUUUAUAGGGAAUAACACCGCAAUUCAGGAGCUAUUUAUCAGGGUUUCUGAGCAGUUCUCAGCUAUGUUCAAAAGGAAGGCCUUUGUCCACUGGUACACUGGUGAAGGGAUGGACAUAAGUGAAUUUGGAGAAGCAGAAGGUAACAUCCAUGACUUGGUAUCAGAGUAUCAACAAUACCAAGAUGCCAGAGCAAUCCUGGAGAAGCAUGAGGAGGCAGAGGAAGUUGAGAUAGAACCAGAAGAAAAAGAACAGUAA